CUUCAACAAAUGCUCCUGUAGUUAAAAUUCAAAAUUUGACCGUUUCUGUCCUGGUUGGUCCUGGUCCGUUGGAAAAUGCAUCGUCGUUGUAUAAUCUGUGGCCAGGAGCCGGGCGAGCACUGCGUCUACCCGCGUAACAUGUCGGAGGCUCGCCGAUGGCAGAACCUGGCCAACCUCAGCAGCUUUGACGUGGACCCCGAGUCGCUCUGCCGGCACGGUUGCGUGUGCGCCUCCCACUUGGACAGCCAAGGAUCCGGCUCGGAAACGGAGAGCUCGCCUGGUGCUGCUGGCCGGGCAAGGACUCCAGCUGGCUUGCAGGAAUGGAGCAGCAAGUGGAGCUCAUCGGCAUCGGACGCCGGCCACGGCUACCCCAUCAACAGAAAGCCUAUGGAGCGGAUGCAGAACCAAAGCAAGCACACUCUCGGUUCGCAGGGGCAGGAAUUCAGCAGCGCAAAUAGAUGUACAAAUGGUUAUUGUCGUUUUCGAAACAACUACAACAGUAUGUUCCCGAGUAAUCCCCAUACGUACACCCAAAUGGCACAGAAGUAUCCUAAUCCACAGGCACCAAGGGCCACCAGCCUAGACAACAAAAAGCCUCCUCCUAUCAAAGUUAACCCAAGAGUAAAUAGACCGUCAUUUCGAGCUGUAAACUGCACCUGUGAUGGUUGCACCUGCACUUUCUGUCCAGUGCAAGGGAUCAAGAAAGCGAGCGAAUCUUUAGAAGAUUCAGGCAGCCAACAAAGUAUAAAUAAGGAAAAACGGAAGGAUAUUUCAAAAGGUAGCCAGAAAAAAACAAAACCCUGUGAACGUCCUACUUGUCCAACUUUCAGGUCAAUGGACUUCAAGACUGAAGGAGAAGAUUUCUACCCGAUAUCGUUAACUUCACGAGGAAACCAAAGAUAUAGAAAACCGAUAAAACAGCAGGACACAACUCAAAAGCCUAAGCUGAAGAGCGAAUGCUGCCAGACUUGCAGUACCCAUCAUUUCAAGGAUCAGGAAGUGCAGUGCUCAACGGUGAAUCUGCCGACUCAGAGCUCUUCCCCUGUUGGUCGACCCAAGCUGGCCGGCUCGUUCAGCCAUCAAACUGGAAGCUCAGCGACGGGCUUCUCCGCCGGAUAUACCACUAACUCCAGUAACUUUACUUGUGGCUGCGGCGAGAGAAGAAAUUCAAAUGCUAUCAACGUGCUGCUUAUGAACGGCACCCGAAAUAAUGACUAUGAAGAUCCGUGCUGCUCACCGGCAAAGCAACGACCCAUGGCUCCGCCUCCUGAAAUUUGUGUUCAGGAGUCCGAUCUGACCGAGUGCAACGAACGUGCUGUAUUCCCGGAAAUUGACAAGCCCAAUUACAGAGUUUGCCGAUCAUCGAACGAGACCAACGUUCUGGUCUUGGAGGAGGGUUCUUUGGAUAAAUGCAGCCCCAUCGCAGGGGAGGAUGCGAGUACACCAGAUAUCAAGACCCAGAAUCAUAGCAAUGCUCAUCAAAAUCCCAACGCGAGUAAAGAGCAAGAGAAUAAUUUUUUUGACAACUGGCUCGAAUCUCCAGCCACAAAUAACUUCACCAAGGUUCUGGAACUGCAGAGAUCUCGCAUCAAGGAGCUGGAGAAUCUGCUGGAGCAGCACAGCCUUCUGCAGCAGACCAUCCAGCACAAGGUUGCGGAACUGCAGUGCACAGAUAUACCGGAUCCUAAAAAUAAAACUAAAUCAUAAGCCAAA